AUGAAAAAAAGACAAGGCAGGAAUAGGAUUGAUACUUUUUUUACUAGUGAUGGUACUUUAUUAAAAACCCCUGCUGCUAUUGAAGAAGAAAUCACUGGUUUCUAUAAAGCUCUUCUUGGCUUCAGUUCUGAUUCCCUCCCUGGGGUUGAUCUUGGUACUGUGAGAAGAGGUGCUCAGCUUUCUAGAUAUUCUCAGCAGUCUCUUAUUGCUCCUAUUUCCACUGAGGAAAUUGACUUAGCUUUGAAAGAUAUUGAUAGCUCCAAAGCUCCUGGAAUUGACGGGUUUAAUUCUCACUUCUUCAAGAAAGCUUGUGAUGUUGUGAAAAAUGAUGUUUAUGCUGGUGUUAUGGAGUUUUUCAAUAUUGGUGUUAUGCUGAGGCUUGCAAAUGUGAUUUCUGAGGUGAUUGAUGGCUCUCAAGCUGGGUUUAUCCCAAGGAAGCAUAUUGGUGACAAUAUCUUGUUAGCCACUGAGCUUAUUAAAGGAUAUGGGCAUAAGUUCCUUUCUCCAAGGUGUAUGUUAAAGAUUGAUCUGAAAAAAGCUUAUGACUCUGUUGAAUGGGGUAAUCUGAAGACUAUUAUGUCUGAGAUUGGUUUUCCUAACUAA